GGUGGCGGCGGGUAAGUGUCCGCGUAAACUGGCGGCGGCAGAGCGCAAAGUUACGGUGAAAAAUCGUGUUUUUUUUGCGGGCUGGCUGGGGGGACUCGUAUCAUGGCGAUGUAUCAGCCUCGCAACGUCGACGUGCCCUGUUUUUUUUCGAAACUGUAGUUGGAGCGCGUAAUAUGGCGACGGCGCUAGCUUACCAUUGCUAAGGGCUCUGACUACGUCCUGGAACCGCCUGGCGAACCCGAACGCUUCUCCGCGCCUGCCCGCGAACUGCUUCCGCAGCCUUCAGCGGCGGCGCCUGUCAGCUGCGCUGCCCUGCGGGGCCUAACGGGGGGUUUAGUCGAACCUGCUCAAAGCCAACGAGCGCCUGGAGUGCGGCUUUGUUCAGGCGCGAAGCGCGAACAACCCAACCCGCCGUCCAUUUCUGUGCCGUGUUGAAAACGUGUCAGCGGUCCUUUCCAUCUUGCCCCCCCCCCUUUUCACCCUGUUCAUCGCCGUCCUAGGUUUCUGUUUUAACGUUAGUUUAGUGCUCUGAUGGUCACUGAGAUGACAGAUAUUAGGACUUCAUCACAUUGCGUCAUGAUUUGUAAUGCAACAAUUGUAUCGUGAGCAAUGCUCAUCACAAUCACAGCUGAUCUGCCCGCAUCCGUUUACAGGAACCCCUGAAUAUGAGUGAUGAUAAACCCUUCCUGUGUACCGCUCCUGGGUGUGGUCAGCGAUUUACGAAUGAAGACCACUUGGCCGUUCAUAAACACAAACAUGAGAUGACGUUGAAGUUUGGUCCAGCAAGGAACGACAGUGUCAUUGUUGCUGACCAAACACCCACACCCACUCGGUUCUUGAAGAACUGUGAGGAAGUUGGACUCUUCAACGAGCUCGCAAGUCCAUUUGAGCAUGACUUCAAAAAAGUUACGGAAGAUGACAUCAAAAAGUUACCGUUGGAUUUGUCACCUCUGGCAACACCUGUAAUGCGAAACAAAAUGGAGGAACACUCGGCUAUGGAUGCACAUCGAGAUAGUCCGCUCCCCCAUCCAGAAUCUACUACAAAUGAUGACAAGGACUUAUCCCUGCAGCCAACCUCACUGCCAACAUCCACUAUAGUCCGUCCUGCGUCCCUCCAAGUUCCCAAUGUACUUCUAGCAACCUCAGAGGCUAAUGUUGUAAUACAGCCAGCACUCCCAUCGCCAACAUCUAGCUCUGUUAUUACCCAAGUCGCAUCCACUAAUAGACCUAUAGUUCCAGUGUCUGGCACUUUCCCCGUGCUCUUACAGCUCCCUAAUGGCCAGACCAUGCCCAUUGCUAUCCCUGCAUCUAUUACAAGCUCAAGUGUACAAAUUCCAGCUACAAUCCCUCUUGUCAGACCUGUCACUGUAGUGCCUAACGUCCCUGGGAUCCCAGGACCUCCCUCGCCACAGCCUGUCCAAUCAGAAGCCAAGCUGAAACUUAAAGCAACAUUAAGCCAGCAGCUCCCCCAUGUAACCAACGGAGAUGCUGGUGAUGUCCAGAGCAGUUCUGUAGCUCACACUGCUGCUCCAAAUUCUCCCUCCCCUCCGGCCCCGGCUGCAGUGCCGGCCCAGGUCCAAGCUCCAGCCCCUGUCCCUCACCUGGCCCCACCCGAGGAAACCUGUCCCCAGUCCCUUCAGCAGCCCGCCACCUCCACAACAGAGACACCUGCCUCUCCAGCUCCCCCUGCCCAACACACCCCAAGCACAGGAGGUCGGCGGCGCAGAACCACAAGCGAAGACCCAGAUGAAAAGCGGCGCAAGUUCUUGGAACGCAACCGGGCCGCGGCCUCACGCUGCAGGCAGAAGAGGAAGGUGUGGGUCCAGUCCCUGGAGAAGAAGGCUGAGGACCUGAGCUCCAUGAAUGGACAACUCCAGAAUGAAGUCACCCUGCUGAGAAACGAAGUGGCUCAACUGAAGCAGCUUCUUCUGGCUCAUAAAGACUGCCCCGUAACCGCCAUGCAGAAGAAGUCUGGCUAUCACAGUGAGUAA